AUGACACCAUUUAUCACGUUCAGACUGAUAAAGUUAACACUUUAUUCAUGGUUUUUCUAUUUGUUACUCUCUAGUAGAAUUCAACUAUCGAAUAAUGUAGCAUUGGAAUCAUUUGCUAAGUCUCAUAAAGUUGCCUCCCCUACGGUAAUGAACCUGCUGAUUGCACAUCCGGAUGAUGAAGUAAUGUUUUUCGCUCCAACUUUGUCUCAAUUACAAACAUUGCAUCAUAAAGAUAACAAUUUAUUCUUUAAUAUUAUUUGUUUUUCAAAUGGUGACGCUAAUGACCUGGGUUCCAUAAGAGCUAAAGAAUUGAAUGAAUCGGUGUCUUUAUUAUUAAGAGGACAACAAUAUUCUGUUCAUUUAUUUGAACAUAAAGAUGGAAUGGACGAAGUAUGGGAUCAAGAAUUGAUGCUGAAACAAUUAGAAACAGUUAUUGGAGAUGUCAAUGAUGCUUUGAUUCUAACAUUUGAUUCAAGGGGUGUCUCGGGACAUAUUAACCAUAGAACAUGUAACUCUGUAGCAAUGACUUAUAAGACCUUGCAUCCAGGUACGACUUUAUUCCUAUUAGAUAGUUAUGGCCAGAAUAUUAUUAAAAAAUAUUCUGCAUUUGUAUUGGAAUUAAUAAAAAUCGCAUUGACUUUCUUAUUAGAAUUGUAUGAAAGAGUUUUCCAUAACAAGUUUCUACCAACCACUCUAAUCAAUUAUUACAGACAAGAAAGUAUAAAUGAUAAACUAACAUUUUUCAUUCCAUUUCCUAAAUACGCUUUCGCUUAUGCAACUAUGUUAAAUGCUCAUCAAUCACAGGUAGUAUGGUUCAGAUACGGGUGGUGGGCUUGUUCCAGGUUUGUGUUUGUUAAUGAUUUACAAAUCGUAUGA